AUGAAGUUUCUGUUUCUUUUCUUAUUCCCUCUGGUUUUGUGUGUUGUGGUUCCUACCAGAGCACAAUUAGAUCCAUUCUUUUACAAAGAUACAUGUCCCUCUCUCCAGUCAACUGUACGACAAGUUCUUCUUAAUGUUUCGAAGGGGCCUGGAAAAGAUGAGCGACUUUUCGCCAGUUUGAUAAGACUUCAUUUCCACGAUUGCUUUGUCCAAGGGUGUGAUGGAUCAAUUUUGUUGAAUGAUACAGCUUUUAUUAAAAGCGAGCAACUUGCAGCGCCGAAUCUGAACUCCAUUCGUAGGUUGGAUGUGAUCAAUUUGAUUAAGGAAAAUAUUGAAGAAGCUUGUCCUGGGGUUGUUUCCUGUGCUGACAUUGUCGCACUUGCUGCCGAAGUGUCUUCGGAGAUGUCAAAUGGUCCAACUUGGCAAGUUCCCUUGGGCAGAAGAGACAGUGAAACCGCAAGCUUCGACUUGGCAAAUUCGGACAUUCCUGGUCCACGCUCCAACCUCCCUCAGCUCAUUUCGGCAUUUCAGAAAAAGGGUCUUGAUAUGAAUGAUUUAGUGGCACUUUCAGGUGCUCACACAAUUGGCCGAGGACGGUGUACACUUUCCCGUCGCCGAAACUGCAAAAACGAUGGGUUACCGGGAGAGAAUGUCACAAAUUUGGACCAGAUAUCUCCUUUUGAAUUUGAUAAUAAUUAUUAUAUAAAUAUUCUGCGGGGUGAUGCCCCCUUUAAAAGCGAUCAAGUGCUGAUUAAGGCAAGGGGUGAACAAACAAUCAAUGUAUUAGCUUCCAAUCAAACACUCUUCUUUGAGGCUUUUAAAGCCUCCAUGAUAAAGAUGAGUAUGAUUGAGGUCCUUGUGGGUGAACAAGGAAUCAUUAGAAAGCAUUGCAAUUUUAUAAAUAUUUAGAAAAAUUAAGGAAAUAUAAAUAAGAAUACAAAGUUUUAAUUUAACUUUGUGUAUUGUAAUAAAAAAAAUAUUAAUCAA